UUUUGUGGGGAAGCUAAUCUCUGCAUAUAUAAACGAAACUGCCUCUAAUUUUUCUUGCUUUUCUGCUCCGCCACCACUAAAUUAGCACCCCUUGCGCCGACUUCUAGGAGCCCCUAUAUUUCUGCGCUCUCUCUCUCUCUCUCUCUCUCUCCACAUAUAUGGUAAAUUGGUAAUGUAUUAUACUCCUAGUUUUGAAACCUCGAAGCUCAAACCAAAUAGCUGGCUGGUGAAAGAUUGAGCUUUUAACCAAGAUUAAUUGUGGUAAGCAUUGGAUUAGCAAAAUCUUUUGGUGGAUUCAAGAAAAGCCAUCAUAGCUCACGUUGAGAAAAGGAGUAAAUAAUGCACCAAACAGGCAAAGGGAAAAGGGUAAAGAAAGGUAGAAAUCUUUGAAGAUAGAUACUAGGAAACAUCCCGAGAAAAGAUUGUAUCUUUUGGGGGAUGUAAAGUUUCUGGCAGAUUUUAUUUGGAGUUUAUAUUGGUGGGAUUUCUUUCAACCAUGGACCUUUUUCAAUAGCAUUAAGCUGCUAGAGUUUCAGAGAAAGUUCUGUUUUUCCACAAUGCCUCUUUCAGAGUUUUUGAGAAUGGCUAGAGGAAAACUUGAAUCUGGCCAUCAGAAACCGGCUCCGGCCGAUAUCUCAUCUAGGCCUGGGAAUGAACUAGUUGAACUAGUUUGGGAGAAUGGCCAGGUUGUGAUGCAAGGCCAGUCCAGUAGGGCUACAAGAAGCCCUACUCUUAACAAUUUAUUGUCGAACACGUCUAAAGCUCGUGAUGCUGCUACCGCUGCAAGGUAUGGGAAAUUUGGUGGAGUUGAUUCUAUCAUGAAUGAUAUGGUGCCAGUGGUACCCUCAGGGGACAUCGAUUUAGGUCAAGAUGAUGAGAUCGCUCCGUGGUUAAGUUAUCCCAUUGAUGAUGCUCUAGGGCAAGAUUAUGCUUCCGAGAUCUUACCUCAUAUAUCUAGUGUCACGGCUCAUGGAUCGUCUAUGCAGAAUAGCUUUGUAUCAGCGGACAAGAGAAGUAGUUGCGAACAGGCCGUUAAUAAUUCGCAGAGUGGGGCUAGUAAUGUGAAGGUCCCUUCUAGAUCUUCUUCUAAAGAUCGUCUUUUUGGUUCAUGGCUGCCUCAACAGCUUCGCCAGACAUCAGACGCCUUAGGAUCUGGUGUCACUGAUAAUUCGAGUGACCAUCUGGAUUCUGUAUUCGGUAAUCCAGGUCAAAGUAGAGAUACAGUUAAUGGCUCAGCUAGUACGGUGAUGGAUAGGCGUAGUAUUCCACCACCUGCUAAUUGUUCGAAUUUCCUGAACUUCUCCCAUUUCUCAAGACCAGCUGCUCUUGCCAAAGGAAGCCUCUCAAACUCUGAUGGGAUUCCUAUGUCAGUAUCAUCAGUUGUGGAGAGGGUUGAAACUAAGGAUAAAGCCAAUUGUAGUAAUCCAGUCAAAUCGAUACGCAUCGAGCAAGUUAAAAGCAUGCCAAAAGACAACGACUCCCAUGGUUCUUGUACGCUUCCCGUGGUAGGUUCUAGAGAGCAAGUGAUUAAGGAACCUCUGGAAAGAGCUGAUAAUUUAUUCAAAGAAACUUCCAUCAAGAACGACAAGCCUCUGAUUCUAAGUAAUAACGAAAGUUCAGCAAAAGGAGCCCCUGAUGGUGAGAGGAUUGUUGAGCCUAUGGUUGCUUCUUCUUCUGUGGGAUCUGGAAACAGUGCUGAUAGAGUUUCUUGCGAACAAACACAACAUUCUAAAAGAAAAUUCUGUGAUAUUGAGGAGUCCGAAUGCCGGAGUGAUGAUGUUGAAACUGAAUCUGUUGAUGCCAAGAAAGCAACUUGUCUACGAGGAUCUAAGAGAAGCCGAGCUGCAGAAGUGCAUAAUCUUUCUGAAAGGAGACGGAGAGAUAGGAUCAAUGAGAAGAUGCGUGCUUUACAAGAACUCAUACCAAAUUGCAAUAAGGUGGAUAAAGCUUCAAUGCUCGACGAAGCCAUUGAAUAUCUAAAGACCCUCCAACUACAAGUACAGAUUAUGUCCAUGAGUUCAGGGUUAUGUAUGCCUCCUCCGAUGAUGUUUCCGACAGGAAUGCAACACAUGCAUCCUGCUCAUGUUCCACAUUUCCAACCAAUGGGCAUUGGAGUGGGUAUGGGUAUGGCAUUUGGGAUGGGUAUGCCAGACAUGAAUGGUGGAUCCUCUGGCUGUCCUAUGUAUCCCGUUCCUCCCCUACAAGUACCGCACUUUUCUUCUCCAAUGCUGGGGCUCGCCAAUUUCCAGCGAAUGCCUGGCCAUAACCAUCCAGUAUUUGGGCAUCCUGGUCAAGCAUUUCCCAAUCCAGUCACAAAACCACCGUUCGUUCCUUUAGCUCCGCGCCCUCCUGUAACUUCUGCCAUGGGAUCAAGUGCUUUGAGGAAUGGAAGUAACAGUGAAAUUCUUAGUACAUCUCAAAUUAUGAAGUCCGGGGAUCCAGUGACGACCACGAAUUCACAGUCAAUGUGCAGUGCGGAAGCUAGGAGCUCAGUCCACAACAAAUCCAAUCAGCCUACAAAAGAAGUAGUAGAUCAAUGUGCUGCUGUGCAAGAUAACGAACGGGCCACAGAUGCGGGAUCUUCUGCAGCUCAUUUGUCUGCCACCACUACGGACAUUAACAAAGAACCAGGGUGCGAUUAGCAGGAGGCGUGGAAGUGUUGGCCGAAUGGCAUUCCCCUGUUGACGACGUCUUCCUCUGCUCGCCUGGUAGGACAUGAACUUAGGUAAAUGACCCGAGUUUUGUAGUGGUCGUCGAAUGAGCUACAUGACCUACAAAUUGCACAGGGUUGGAAAUAUUUUUUUCAGUACAAAGUCACACACACAUAUAUAUAUAUAUGUAUGUAUAUCUGUAACCCUCUGACAGUAUUGUAUAUUAAUUAAUCAGAAUUGAGUUUUGUGAGGGUUGAGCAGUGCCAGGAGUAGGUCUCUUGGUAAAUAAGGUGAUUACUGAUUAGAUACAUGUUUUAGCUGUGUUGAUACAGUUUCUGUUUUCGAAUUAUAAUUACAUAUAUACUUCUUCGAGAAGAAA